ACGCGCAGGCAGCGAGCCAAGUAAACCGUCCGAAGCACCCCACCCCACCGCACCUCCGCACUCGCGGAAGCCGGAAGGAGAGGGAAGCCCGCGACGAGCGAGCGAGCACAAGCUUUCCGAGCCGAGCCGAGCCGAACCAAUCAUAUCUCUCUCCGGCGAUUCGCGCCAUGGAGGCGCAGGCGCAGGACAGGGCGGAGGGGGAGGAGGUCGCGCGGCAACACGCGGUGGGCGGCGCGGCGGGCGUGGCGAUGGGCGCAAUCCCCAUGCACGGCUUCAUCGUGCCCAAGCCGGAGCCGGUGGAGUUCUUCGGCGGGAUGGCCGUCGUGCGCAAGGCGCCGCCGCGGAACCGCGACCGGCACACCAAGGUGGAGGGCCGCGGGCGGCGGAUCCGCAUGCCGGCGGCGUGCGCGGCCAGGAUCUUCCAGCUCACGCGGGAGCUAGGGCACAAGUCCGACGGCGAGACCAUCCGGUGGCUGCUGCAGCAGUCGGAGCCCGCCAUCAUCGCCGCCACGGGCACCGGCACUGUCCCGGCGAUCGCGACCACCGUUGACGGCGUCCUUCGCAUCCCCACGCAGUCAUCUUCGUCCUCCAGCCCGUCGUCUCUGGCCGUGGUCGACGGCGAGUUGUCGUCCGCCAAGCGCCGCCGGAAGCUGCAGCCCACCCGCGCGGCGGCCGGCGCGUCCCCACUCGCAACGGCGGCGCCCGCGGCAUACUACCCGAUCAUCGCCGACCCACUUCUGCAAGGCACCGGCGGAGCGGCCAUCUCGGUACCAAGCGGCCUCGCUCCCAUAACCGCCUCUGGCGCUCCCCAAGGGCUGGUCCCAGUCUUCGCGCUCCCGGGCACCGGCAGCCCCGGGGCCGGCGGUGGCAACCGCAUGAUCCCGCAAGCCACCGCCGUGUGGAUGGUCCCUCAGCCGGGCGGCGCGGCCAACCAGCCCACGCAGUUCUGGGCCAUCCAGCCCGCGCCGCAGCUCAUCAACCUCGCCGGCGCACAGACCGUGUUCCCGACGGCGCUGAACGUCGCCGACUUCCAGCUGCUGCAGCAGCAAGCAAUCUCCACCAUGUGUCACAACAGCAACUCGGAGCAGCAGCAGCAGCAGCUUCACCUGCAGCACCCGGGCUCCGGCUCCCACGAGCAGCAGCGCGGCGGCGGCCGGAACGACGUGGACCACCCCGAGGAGGAGGAGGAGGACGACGACGAGGAGCCGGUGUCCGACUCCAGCCCAGAAGAGUAAAACCCACAGCUCGAAGCCGAAGAGAACACACUCCACCGUACGCCACAAAGUCCAACAACCCCAAAGCUUAGGUUCCUUUCGCUCUAAUUUAAUCUUUUUCCCCUUUCCCAAUCCUCCUUAUCAUGAACUAGUAAUUACGUGAUGCUCGGUCGCGUUGGUGCUUUCCGUCUUAGCUCAGUGACCCAGUUCAGUGUUAGUGUUAGAGAGAGGAAGAAGAAAGAGGUAGAAGCAGCAUGCAAUUCGAAUGAAAUGAGCAGCUGGUUUAUCAAGUUAAA